GAAACCGCCGUUUACUUGAGUUAUAGUUUAUGUGGUACAGCGCGUGGGCAAUACUCUUCAACGGACUACGUUUUGUUGAGCCUCUAAUGCUGCUAUUCCUUAAGGCUAGCACACAAGAGGACCUGAUUCCCCAAGGAUGAAAUAAGCACUUAGCGACGGUAUUUGUUGAAAACAAGCGAAGACUGUGCCAUCAUGUCAGUAGAGCCCUACGCAAAAAACGGAACUUCACCAGCAGGCAAUGGCAGUACCCCUGUAUGCUUCUCUAUCAAUCGCCCACCCUUUCCAAUUGGAAACAGUUCCAGUAUUACCUCUCCCUUGUUCUCCAGUGUUUUCACUGCCCUGGGCCUCAGUUCCAACCUGUUUGCCCUUGUGGUGCUUACCAAGACUUUUAGACGUACCCAAAGCCGCUCCAGAUCCUCCUUCCUCCUGUUUCUGAGUGGCCUGGUGAUAACCGACUUUAUGGGUCUGCUGGUGACCGGCACCAUUGUAGUCUCUUACCACAUAACACAUUUCAACUGGCGUAAUCUGGACCCCGACUGCCACUUUUGCAAUUUUAUGGGCAUGUCCAUGGUCUUCUAUGGCCUCUGCCCAUUGCUUCUAGGUGCCGCGAUGGCCAUGGAGCGUUUUGUGGGAAUCAACAAGCCGUUUGCCAGGUCCACCAACAUGUCUAAAAGCCGAGCUUGUUCCAUGGUGCUGCUUUUGUGGGUGAUAGCUGGCUGUAUCAGCUUGCUACCUCUCUUUGGUCUGGGGAGCUAUCACAUCCAGAUACCUGGCUCCUGGUGUUUCAUGAACAUUAGUUCUGCUUCUCUGGACCGGGCCUUCUGUCUGAUCUUCUCCCUGGUUGGGCUCAUGUCAUUGGUUAUGUCCUUCGUGCUCAACAUGGUCAGCGUGGUCACGUUGCUGCGUGUCUCCUGCGGCCAAGACGGAAUGCAGCGUCGCCGUGACUACGAAGUGGAGAUGAUGGUGCAGCUGAUUCUGAUAAUGGUCAUUGCCUCUGUCACCUGGUAUCCGCUAUUGGUGUUUAUUGCAAACACAGUGCUGUCUGGAAGCAAACUCAGCGUCAAGUACCUGCUGCUAUGGAUUCGAUUUGCAACCUGGAACCAGAUCCUGGACCCCUGGGUCUACAUCCUGUUCCGUCGUUCCGUACUGAAACGCGUCUACCCCAGAAUGGAUUGGUCCCGUGGCUCCAUAAGCAGCCUGUAUCCCUCUUUCACCGCCUCCCUGAGGAGGUUCACCCGCCCUUCGCUCGGAGGCGGGCUCGGGCAGCCACAUAUGCAGGAAGACAAACAAGACAGCACUCCUGCUCCAGUUAUGUCUCCACCAUCCUAAACCCCUCAGCUUCUCCUCUCUCUUACGUAUUAUUCGACUGAUAUAUGUAGCUCAAACACAUCAUUGCUCUAUCCAAUGUAAAUGAUUUUUAGUGUGUUUUCUUUUUACGUAAACCAGUGGUUGAGAGGUCAUAUAAUGCAUCAGCGCUGAAAAAAAGCUGCAAUGGAAUUCAACCCAAGAAUACUUUGGAAUGAACUGUGAAGCACAGAGCUUUUGCUCUCAGAGACAGCAGAAACACAUCUGGUAGAUCCUGACAUCUGUGGAAGACCGGGGCCUCUUCUACUGUGCUAAGCAGCUCCAUCGCACUGUAAGGUUCAGAAGGAGAUUCCUGACCCAGAUUGUGAGUUAGCUCCCAUGGAUGACAUGCCCCUGGAUCAACUCAGUCUGUCAAAAGUGCAGCAAUGUUUGUUACUGUUAUGGAGCCUUGUCCUCCCUACUGUUAUACCAUGGUUCAGUCAUGAACUCCUGCCAAUGAAUGCACAGCCCAAGUGCUAAAUCUGUUCAUGGUUUCAGGACCACACACAGAAGGCUCCAUUUUCAGUAAGCUAGGAAACUCUGAUAGAAAGUAAAAUGACUGAAACUCUGGAAAAAAAUAAUAAAUGCAUCACAUUUCUCGACUUCACGUUAACCACUUCUAAUAUAAUCACUAGCUUCUUUGUGACUUCAGCUGUAUGGUAAAAUUGUGCAAAAUGUGCAAUUGUAAAUUGUCAAAUAUGUUUUUGACGAAAGGACAGUCUGUCACAGUAUGUACUCGUCUGAGACAGGACAGACAAAUGAAGUGUAUGACAGUGAAAAAAUUAGAAAUAAUCUCCUCUGGUGAAAUGUUAAGAAAUUUUCUCAAAACAAAUCAAAUUUAAAACUCAAACAUUCUUACACUUGUCUGAUCACUUUAAACCACUGUAUAUAUGAUUGUGCUGGAGCUAAACAAAGUCAAACAUUUUCUACGUGAAUGAUGUGAGAAUAGUAUAAUGUGUUUGUUUGGAAUAUACACCUGUGUGCCGUUGCUCAUAAACACAACAUCAUCCUGCAUGUUAAAAAAUCACAAAGCAUGAACU